AUGCUUAAAAAUUAUAAUCAACCAGAAUACGAUUAUUCUGAGACUACUUGCAUUCAAGUUUGUCUACAAAUUUAUGUUUAUGAACAAUGUGGUUGUGUUAAUCCAUAUCUAUGGCAUAUGCGUUCGAUUGUUUUACCAGAUACAGAUAAGAUUAUAUUUGCACCUGUUUGUGAUUAUUCGGAUAGUAGAUAUAAGAGAGCAUCAUAUAGACUUUUUUCUUCUGCAACUCUUUUUCAAAAUUAUCGUUCAAAUUGUUUACAAGAAUGUUUAAUCAAUAGCUUUGUUCUUCAAACAUCAUCCUUAAUGUUACAGAUCGAUUGGGCAUUAGAUUCGAUUAAAAAUUGUACUGAAAAUUCUGAUAUAUCAUUACCUGAUAAUUGGUCAAUAACAUGA